ACCUGGUAAACAGCGGCAAUAUCAUUUUCCUUGCUACAUCCUGUGGAAAUGGGAACGAUUGGCACCGAUGAAAAGCAACCGUUUCUGAAUGAGAAAGAAAAUUCGAAUCAUGUAAAAAGAAACAUUGAUUCCUGGUAUAAGCGGCCAGUUUGGAACAGUGACGAGAAAACCAAGUAUAUGAUGGGGCGCAGUUUAUGUGGAUGGAGUUUGUUGGUUUCCUAUUGAUUUAGCUGUUACUUUCUAGUUAAGUUUUGGUUGCACUAUCUUAUUCUGUACAUAUGUUUGUUAAUUAUAAUGAUGGGAAUGUUAAUAAUAAUAACUCAGCUUAUCAUCAGCAAUGAUCAACCUUACAUAACUGGAAUGGACAGUCCCCUUGCACUUUCACCAGGCUUAGGAAUGAGACCACGCAAUGACUUUAAGACGACUUUAAUUGCUUACGCUUCGUCUGAUCCACAAACAUAUAUGCCAUUUGUCCAAGAUAUACGAACAUUUCUUUAUUUCUACGAAGAGGUCAAUAUACAACCACAGGAUGGAUUUGCAACGUGUGAUAAAAUUAAAUCACCAGAUGAUGUUGAUUUGGUUUGUAAAUUUUAUCCACAUGAUAUGGGUGUAUGUGUUAAAGAGAAUAAUUUUGGAUACGAUAGAAGUCAACCAUGUGUCAUCAUGAAAAUUAAUAAGGUUUAUGGUUGGUUACCUGAUAUUGUCAAUAAAACGUUAUCAAAUAAUCCUCUUGUUAGAUGUCAUGGUCAAAAUCCUCAAGAUCUGGAAAAUUUUGGUCAAGUACUUUAUUUUCCUAAUAUUACUGUUGAUGGAAAAACUUACGGUUACUUUAGUCAUUUAUACUUUCCAUAUCUUAUGCAAGUAGCUUAUCGUUCACCGCUUGUUGCUGUACAAUUUGCAAGUCCUAAACGUCAUGUCCUUUUAAUGGUACGCUGUGAAUUAUUUAAUGUACGUAAUCCUGGUGAUCCAAUGGAUUUUGAAAUUUUAGUAGAUUGAUUAAUUCAUAAACUGUAUUGUACUUAUGACUUUUUUCUUUUGCUUUUUUUUUCUUUUUUUUCUUCCGGUUUAUUUGUUUAUCCAAGUCAGUUUAUCUAUCCAUCUGUCUGUCUAUCUAUCUAUCUAUCUGAUGCCUGUCUAUCUAUCUUUCCACGUUUAUGUCUGUUUACUUAACUAUCUAUUUAAUUUAUACGAAAAAUAAAGGAAAAUGUAACCGAAUAUUUUUGUUUCUUAUUGAUGAUACUCAUUACGUUUCCAUGUUAGUUUAUUUUGUACAGGCAAUUUUCUUUUUCUAAAAAGAAGAAAAUAGAAAAAAAUAUUUUAUUCCGGUA